CUAAAGGCCCUUGUCAUUUCCUGACACCACCUCCCUCGACAACUCCUGGUCAGAUACCAACUCGCGGUGACCCGGAGGAAGGAAGAAGAGUUGCAGAGCAGCAGCAUCUAUUACCAGAAUGACAUCUGGACACCCACUAUGGCCUUUGCUGACUUCAUCAACAAUGAAACCCUCUUAGGAGAGGCCAGCUCUGUCCUUUAACUCCCAACUCCAACUCUGACCCAGAGAGCGAGUCUGAUUUGGAGCCUGGAGAACAAAGCCAUGUAAGGAGCCCCAGCCAGCGUCCAGGAGCCUACCAGCAUAGGAGUCAAGAGAGAUCCUCUCCUGCGGGCCUAAGAACACACAUCUCCACCCUGGUUCCAUCUUCUGGUUCACGAGACGAUGAACCAGAAGGCCACCCUGGUGCUCCUCGCUCUGGCUGUCAUCACCAUCUUUGCCUUGGUUUGUGUCCUGUUAACUGGCAGGAGUGGAGAUGGGGGUGAACCCAAUCGGCCUCCCCAAUGCCACUCUGAAUCCCCCAGUGCCCAGCCGUGGACACAGGCUGGCCAGAGCCAGCUGUUUGCAGACCUGAGCCAAGAGGAACUGACUGCUGCGAUGAGGUUUCUGACUCAGCACCUGGGGCCUGGGCUGGUGGAUGCAGCUCAGGCCCAGCCCUCGGACAACUGUGUCUUCUCAGUGGAGUUGCAGCUGCCCCCCAAGGCGGCAGCCCUGGCCCACCUGGACAGGGGGAGCCCCCCACCUGCCCGGGAGGCCCUGGCCAUUGUCUUCUUUGGUGGACAAGCUCAGCCCAACGUGAGUGAGCUGGUGGUGGGACCACUGCCUCGCCCAUCCUAUGUGCGAGAUGUGACUGUGGAACGCCAUGGAGGCCCGCUGCCCUACCACCGACGGCCUGUGCUGGCCCGAGAGUACCUGGACAUAGACCACAUGAUCUUCAACAGAGAGCUGCCCCAGGCUGCUGGGCUUCUCCACCACUGUUGCUUCUAUAAACACCAAGAAAAGAAACUGGGGACAGUGACCACAGCUCCCCGUGGUCUACAAUCAGGGGACCGAGCCACCUGGUUUGGCCUCUACUACAACAUCUCAGGGGCUGGGAUUUUCCUGCACCCCGUGGGCUUGGAGCUGCUGGUAGACCACAAGGCUCUGGACCCUGCCCACUGGACCAUCCAGAAGGUGUUCUACCAAGGCCGCUACUAUCACAGUCUGGCCGAGCUGGAGGACCAGUUUGAGGCUGGCCUGGUGAAUGUCGUGCUGAUCCCCAACAAUGGCACAGGUGGGUCCUGGUCCCUCAAGUCCCUGGUGACCCCGGGUCCAGCUCCCCCUUUGCAGUUCUACCCACAGGGUCCCCGCUUUAGUGUCCAGGGGAGUCAAGUGGCCUCCUCAUUGUGGACUUUCUCCUUUGGCCUCGGAGCUUUCACUGGCCCAAGGAUCUUUGACAUCCGCUUCCAGGGAGAACGGCUAGCUUACGAGAUCAGCCUCCAAGAGGUCUUGACUAUUUACGGUGGAAACUCCCCAGCAGCAAUGCUGACCCGCUAUAUUGAUGGCAGUUUUGGCAUGGGCAAGUACGCCACGCCCCUGACCCGUGGGGUAGACUGCCCCUACCUGGCCACCUAUAUGGACUGGCACUUCCUUUUGGAGUCCCAGGCCCCUAAGACGCUACAUGAUGCCUUUUGUGUAUUUGAGCAGAACCAGGGCCUCCCCCUGCGGCGACACCACUCAGAUUUCUACUCUCACUACUUUGGGGGCCUCGCGGAGACAGUGCUGAUUUUCAGGUCUGUGUCCACCUUGCUCAACUACGACUAUGUAUGGGAUAUGGUCUUCCAACCCAAUGGGGCCAUCGAAGUCAAGUUGCAUGCCACGGGCUACAUCAGCUCAGUAUUCCUCUUCGGUGCAGCCCAGAAGUAUGGGAACAAAGUUGGGGAGCACACGCUGGGCACCGUCCACACUCACAGUGCCCAUUUCAAGGUGGAUCUGGACAUAGCAGGACUGAAGAACUGGGUCUGGGCUGAGGACAUGGCCUUUGUCCCCACUGCGGUACCCUGGAGCCCCCAGCACCAGUUGCAGAGGAUGCAGGUGACCCGGAAGCUGCUGGAGACAGAGGAGCAGGCAACUUUCCCUCUGGGAGGGGUGGCCCCUCGCUACCUGUACCUGGCCAGCAACCACAGCAACAAGUGGGGUCACCCACGGGGCUACCGCAUCCAAGUGCUCAGCUUUGCUGGGGAGCCACUGCCCCAGAACAGCUCCAUGGAGAGAGGCUUUGGCUGGGGGAGGUACCAGCUGGCUGUGACCCAGCGGAAAGAGAAGGAGCCCAGUAGCACCAGCAUUUACAAUCAGAACGACCCUUGGACCCCAACUGUGGACUUCACGGACUUCAUCAACAAUGAGACCAUUGCUGGAGAGGACUUGGUGGCCUGGGUGACAGCUGGCUUCCUGCACAUCCCACAUGCCGAGGAUGUUCCCAACACGGUGACUGUGGGCAAUAGUGUGGGCUUCUUCCUCCGACCCUACAACUACUUUGAUGAGGACCCCUCCUUCAACUCUGCUGACUCUGUCUACUUCCGGGGGGACCAGGAUGCAGGGGCCUGUGAGGUCAACCCCCUGGCUUGCCUCCAUCAGACUGCUGCCUGUGCUCCCGACCUCCCUGCCUUCUCCCACGGGGGCUUCUCUCACAAGUAGUUGGUCCCUAGGGUGGGGAGUCUUGCCAAGGGCUCCAGGGCCAGGGUGUGGGGAGAGGGGGCAGCUGGGCA